CGCGUGCACGUUCGGAUCUGCUGGCUGGCGCCCGCGACGCCGCGCGCUUUUCGUUUUUCCUUCUUAUCCAGCGUUCUUGCAUUGAAGAUCGAGAUGCCAGCGUACUGCUGCGUGCCGCUAUGCAAGCAGUAUGGCUACUUGGACAGUUCCAACCACAAGGUGUCGUUCCACAGGUUCCCAAGUAACCCAGAGAUGCGCAAAAAGUGGCUAGCUGCAAUCAAAAGAGAUGAAGGACCUCUCUUUAGAGUGUCAUGCACAACAAAAGUCUGCUCGAACCACUUUGUUGAUAUGGACUAUUUACCCAAUGUAGCAAAUGGCCAGAGGCACCUGCAUGAGUGGGCUGUUCCAUCUAUAUUCGUUUUCAAGAAACUGCAGAAGCAAAGAAAACCACCACGGAACCGUGAUUCAUGUCCAAACCCUGACAAACAACUGGAACGAAAAACACCAAAAGGCAAGACCAAAUUGCAGAAAGGAACAUCGGGAAGCUUGAAAGAUUCAGCACAAAGUGUUCAAGUGCCCGGCAACAUUGCAUUGCAGGAGGUGGCAUGCGCACAAGCAGAGGUACUCCCGGAACUCGAUGAGCAGGAUGCCGAGAUUUCUCGCCUAGAAGACCGUGUGCGAGAACUUGAAGUUGAGCUGAAGGCAAGAGAUGCAACUAUCAAGCAGUUACAAGAAGAGCUAAAAAGUACACAGAUGAGGCUUAAUGUGUCGGAUGAAGCUACAUUCUCUAUAGAGAAGUUUAAGGACAGCGACGAAGACAUUCAGUUCUACACAGGCUUACCAAGUUAUCAUCGAUUCCAUGCUUUAAUGACCUUUCUCAAUCCAGGCGAAGAUGGAAGAAAUGUGAAACUGUGGAAGGGCAAUGAGGGUUUGCUCGUGAAAGACACUGGGGGCAAGGGAAGACCUCGCAAGCUUAACGUGGACAAUCAGCUGUUUCUUCUCCUUGUUAAGUUGAAACCACUGCAGCCAGUACCAGACCUGUGA